CAGUCUUCAUGUUCUGUUGGUAUCUCAUUUGAUUUCUUCCUGUAUUUUUGCACAUUUAGGCUUUGGUCUCUGGUCUAUUUUCACUGUUCUCCCUAUGCAACAUUUGGGCUUGUCCUGAAAUCAAGUACACAGAAAAUGUUUAAAGUACCUCUGAACUUAAAGAUAUGAUUUUUGAAUAGUUACUUUUUGGAUGGCAGAUUAUACAGAUACAGUAUAACACAGUACAAAAGUCAUACAAUAAGUUCAUGAUGGUUUGAGCCUAUCAUAGUCCAAUAUUACAUUUACUUGGGAAGAAGGUUAUUUAGCCCCAUAAACUAGCUAAUUUACUAAGCUAAUUUUACUAAUGUCAUUGAACACUGAAUAUAACAAAAUUGUUAUUUUGUAGAGUUUGGGCUACUGGUAAAUAAAUCAGAAUAUGAGAACCAUAUUAGAAUAUGUCUCUGUGAAAAUUUGUGAGCUAUUUUAAUGGUUUUUACAUUAUUAUAUAAGCUAUACCAUAUAUUUACUUAUUCAUAUAUAUUCAUAGAUCCUGACAUUUUAAUCAAGGUCAGGAAGUAGAAAUGUUCCUAGACAUUUUUUAAACAUAAGUCAACAUGAAUCCAGGGAGUAACUGCAGUAGUACACAGUGUGCUCAGGAGUGUGUGUGUGUGUGGAGUCGGGGGGGAUUUGAAAAACCUGUUAUUUUUGGUUUAUUACUACAGAAUAAAGACCCAAAACAACUUAUUCAGCAAAGUUCUAAUUAAAUCCUCUUGAUCUCACACCUGCUAUUUCUGUAGUGUUCACGCUGGUCCUGUUUGCUCAUGUCAUGUGUGGUGCUUUAAAUGGAGAUCUAUUUAAAGCGAGCCUAAAUUAGAAGCUCACUGUGACAGAGGAAUGGAUGGAAAUAACACAAAUGAGCAAUUCUCACAGCUCAAACUAACUUUUCUCCUUUUCCACUUAGAAAAGGGAAUGACUAGAAAGGAACCUCAGCUGUGUCUGUGCUGGCUAAGACAGACGUGUUUCUAAAUGCAGAGAUUUGUAAUAAGGCCAUCAUAUACAUAUACAGUUGAUCAUGUAUAUCUUAAAUUUAUAUUCUUUUUAUUAUUAUUAUUAUUAUUAUUAUUAUUGAUUAUAUUUUAUGGCAGUUAUUAUAGUUGUUUUAAAAUGAUUCCAGUCACACUAAUGGAAUUUUUUUAAAAAUAGGAAAUUGUUAAUUUCCUAAGAUAGAGAUAAAGAACUUAUUUAAUUAUAAAUGCUAUUGGCCUGAGAACUGCAAUGUUAAUAAAACUAGGAAAAGCCAUUUGAUGGCACAUAUUUGAAUUGUUGGAAUCUGCUCAUAAAAAUAAAUGCAUGCUGUGAACAUUUGAAUUUUUUUUUUUUAGACUGGAAGGUGUCUCAGGCUCAGGGUUUGGAAUCAUCAAGGAGGUGUCUAAGAACCCCAGUUGAGAUAACAGUGCUCCAGUGUAGCAGCUCUUUUUCAUGUCAAAAAGCAAACAAUCUCAAAUGGCUCAAAAAGCUUCAACAUUUCUUUGGAGCAUUGUAGUUAGCAUCAGAUCAGCUGCUCAGCUCCCAAUAGAUGCUGACCUGGACUGUAAUUGUGCACUGGUUUACGGUUUAUUGGAGUAAUACAAUAUAGUACAAUGUGCUUCAGAUGACCGAUAAUGCAAGUCCUACAUAUUGCUUAUCACUUGGACAAAGACAUGCAGGUUGUGUCCUCACCUAGAGAAAGCAAGAGGUGGAGCCGAACAAACCUUUAUAGCUAAACCUCUGCAACCUGAGGGCAAACAUUGUCCCUGAUCACACAGCAGAAUGAAAGGCCUUGUGUUCCUGUGCCUGAUUGGAUGUUCUCUUGCAAACGAUGCUGUAUACUCUUGGAAUGGCCCCGGAGAGCCAAGUCAGCCAGAUCCUGGCACUGGCAACAUUUGUCUCACUGACUCUGACACCUGCAACUGUUGCCUGAUGCAAACACAGAUGAUGAGAAUGGAGAGUUUCUUCAACAUGAGCCUGAAUGAGAUGCGCAAGAAUCUGGAGAAAGCUGAAACUGCUCUGAACUAUGUGCGCUCUAGCCGCAGUGCCUUUUCAGUGGCACUGACUGAUGUUCGUCGAUGCCUGACAUCCAGCCGAGAUGACAUGGUAGUGAAGUACCAGUCUAUAUUCAUUAACUUAGGUGACGGAUACAAUAUCAGUACAGGUGCCUUCACGGUCCCACGUUCAGGGGUCUAUGUACUGGCUCUUACAGUGUACAGUGACGCAGGUGCCCCUGGUGCCCUCUUGGCUGCCUGUGUUCGUUUGCGUAAAAAUGGUCGGGUGAUUGCAGCACUCAGUGAGUACAACACACAGGACCAGGAGGACAGUGCUACCACCGUCCUGGCAAUGCAGAUGCAGGCUGGGGAUAAGGUGGAUGUGAUUCUCCCUUCCGGCUGCAACCUGUGCGAUGACAACAGCCAUUUCAACACUUUCAGUGGCUUUUUACUUUAUGCUACAGAUUAAAAAAAUUCAUUCUCUGAUCCCAUAUCUGUGUUCAGUGGCUUUUUACUUUAUGCUACAGAUUUUAAAAAUGUUUCAUUCUUUGAUCCCAUGUCUGUGUUCAGACUUUUGCAGUGAUCCUCAUGAUCUUUCAAAAUCAAGGCUAUGUAUCCAUUGGCUCCCAAAUCCAAUUCCUGAUCAGUUUGUUGGGUUUCCAGUUAAUAAUUAAGCUCCAGGUUCAACAUGGCUGCCACAGGUUUAAUGUAUACUGUGUAAAAUGGGCAUUCAAAAAACAGUUUCUUCUUCUUCUUUUGUUCAUCUUUAACCCUUAAGUAAAUGUCUGUAUAAGUUGUAUAACAAAGAACUAAGUGUUCUUAUUCAAGUGAAUUUAAAAUAAAGAGGACUGAAGAACAAA